GAAUCUGGAGGUGGCUCUUUGCUCUCAAUCUUCCGUUGGCUAGUGCUUCGCUUGCCGUGAUCUGUGUAUCUGUGAAACCUCGCAUACGGCAUAGUGAUUUCAGGCAAGCACUGUCUCGUGUGGACUGGCCAGGAUUUGGUAUCUGUAUCCCUUCUAUGACAAGCUUUUUGAUACCUGUCACAUGGGGAGGAGAGACGUUUCCCUGGUACAAUUGGCAUACUCUAGUACUACUAUCACUUGGGGUCUUUGGUCUCUCUCUCUUUACGGUCUAUGAGACAUGGAUUGCGCAUGAGCCGUUUCUGCUCCGGAGCAUCUUCCACGAGUGGAAGAUGUCAAUCUGCCUGCUCAUACGGUAUGUAUCCCUGACUCCCGGGGUUUGGUUGACUGAUAAUAUAUAUACUGAUGAACGAUUAGGCAAUAAAUUCACACUCCCUACCAUAACAGAAGCUAUGGGCUUCAAGAGCACCAAUGCCCAACUCAUGACCGUGCCCCCCUACAUUGCCGGCGCCAUUUCUGCUGUGUGUUUUUCCAGUCUCUCAGAUCGAUUCUACUGGCGGAUGCCGUUCGUUGUGAUUCCUCUCGCUCUGUUGACAAUCGGGUAUAGCAUCAUCAUCUCGUUUGAUGGUAAGUUAGCAGACAACGUCGGCCCAAGCUUCUUCGCCGUUAUCCUGGCUAUGAUUGGUCUCUACCCUGUCCAUCCGGCCCACACAUCUUGGACCGCAAAUAACCUGAUUCCAUCCAACCGACGGGCAAUCGGUGUGGCAUUUAAUAUCUGUGUUGGGAAUAUUGGUGGUGUUAUUGGGAGCUACAUGUAUAUGGACACUGAGAAGCCGAAAUACUACACCGGAUUCGGGUUAUCCGUAGCCUUUGGGGGCUCAGCAUUGAUCCUGGCAUUGGUGUUGAAAGCUUCGUUCUGGUGGGAGAAUAAGAGGAAAUCGAAGCUGUCGCAAGCGGAGGUAAGAGAGCGGUACACAGAGGAGCAAUUGUUGGAUAUGGGCGAUAAGUCACCUUUGUUCAGGUAUACGCUGUAAGCUAUAAGCAGUCAUGAUUAUGCUGACGACCCAUGAUACGUA